UUGCACGCUGCGGCCAGAGGGGGCGGUGCGGAGCUGGAUUCCCCGGAGAGAAGCCGCGCGAGCGAAGAAGAAGACAUCCUGGUUUGUGUACCAUUGAAGAAAGGCAACGCCAGCGCCGAGCGGGAGCGGCAGCAGCAGCAGCAGCAGCAGAAGCCAGGGAGCUUGGUGCUUUCCCAGCAGAGGCAGAGCGGAAGACGGCUUGAUCUCUCGAAAACCACUUGCUGGAAGUGGGUGUCAAAAGAUCAAAGAAGUUGGAGGACUUUGGGAAGAAAAGAAAUCUGGUUUCUACAAUAUCCAAUCUGAAUUAAAUGGCUGAUAAACAGAUCAGUUUACCUGCCAAGCUGAUCAAUGGAGGGAUAGCUGGGCUAAUUGGGGUCACUUGUGUAUUUCCUAUUGACCUGGCAAAAACUCGCCUGCAGAAUCAGCAGAAUGGCCAGAGGAUGUACUCCAGCAUGUCUGACUGCCUCAUUAAGACAAUCCGGUCCGAAGGGUAUUUCGGCAUGUACAGAGGGGCUGCCGUGAAUCUCACCCUUGUGACUCCAGAAAAAGCCAUCAAGCUAGCUGCCAAUGACUUCUUCCGACAUCAUCUUGCUAAAGAUGGGAAGAAGCUGACCCUGUUGAAGGAAAUGCUGGCUGGCUGUGGAGCAGGGACCUGCCAAGUGAUUGUCACCACUCCCAUGGAGAUGCUCAAGAUCCAGCUGCAGGAUGCAGGACGAAUCGCUGCACAGAAGAAACUUAUGGCAGCACAGGCCCAGCUAAACCCCUCAAGUGGUGCUGCUGCAGCAGAGUCGGUCAUGGAGACGCGAACCACAGCAAUGCAAAUCACAAGGGACCUGCUCCGGAGCAAAGGCAUUGCUGGACUUUAUAAGGGACUUGGAGCUACGUUGCUAAGGGAUGUACCUUUUUCCAUUGUUUAUUUUCCACUGUUUGCAAACCUGAACAAACUGGGACAGAAGAGUCCUGAUGUAAAAGCGCCCUUCUAUGUGUCCUUUCUUGCUGGGUGUGUGGCAGGAAGCACAGCUGCAGUAGCAGUUAAUCCUUGUGAUGUAAUCAAGACACGACUGCAGUCCUUGCAGAGGGGCGUCAAUGAGGACACAUAUUCAGGGAUAGUAGACUGUGCCAGGAAAAUCUGGCAGAAAGAAGGUCCCGCAGCCUUUUUGAAGGGAGCCUACUGCAGAGCCCUGGUCAUUGCCCCGCUCUUUGGUAUUGCACAAGUGGUCUAUUUCAUCGGCAUUGCGGAAUACAUCCUAGACAUGCUGCCAAGGCGCCGGGAUUAACCUCCUCGCACCUCUUCCCACCCAUUUGGAAUUCAUCAUAGUAUUUUGUGUUCCUUUUCUUGUCAUCGUGAUGUCAGAUCAACAGCACAAAGGGUUAACGUGGUCACGGUGGGAAUGAGCCUUGUCUCCCAACCAAGUUCUUUUUCCUCUACUCAACAUGGCCCCCUCCAUUUCCCAGGGAAGAUACCUAAUUAUGCAUAUCUCUUUUGAAAUUAUCAGUCUCAAAGACACUGGCUAGCAUGGGCCUGGUGUUUCUCUUGCUUAAGGGAAAGCUGAACCGCUCGUGUCCUCCGAAUUACCUCCCAGCAGAAACGGAGCAAGAGACCUCAUUUCCCUACCCUCAUUCCAGAUUAUAAGGCCUCUGGAGAAGAGAAGGGGCAGGUACCCAUGAAAAGGGAGGUUAUAUUAUCAAUUGAAAAGGCAGGUAAUCACCCGAAAUAAAAAAUGUGUGUUUUUAGAUAGGUCUCCCAAGCAUCCCUUCCCAGAUUCCCUGGACUUAAAGGAACUCUGUGGACAUCAAAGGAGGUGGGGAAAGGGAACGGUGAAUCUUCUGUUAUGAUUUUGUGAAAGGGAUAACCUUCCUCAGUGGGCGCGCUUGGGCAGAAGGUCCUCCCUGCGCUUCUGCACUCAAGGUCCACGGAGCAGGUCUGUGGCAAAACGGUGCUGUCCAAUGUCAUGAACUAGCUAGCUGUGAAACAUGGUGGCGUGGGAAGAACUGAAUCGUUUUGGGAUCAAUUUUUAUUUUAUUGUAUGCCGGGCGGGAGGGAGGGAGGGAGGGGGGAGCCCAGUGUGGUAAUACAUUCCUUUCAAUAUGCCUGAAACGAUGCUGGUAAUGCUGCUGUCCUGCCCUGGUCUUUGAUUGUGUCUUUUGAACUGUGCCUAGAAUAAGUGUGUUCCUCCGUUUUUUCCCCCCUCCGCGACCCCAGAUAACGCCAAAGGCGCAUUUAGGAAGAGCUGAUCUCUGUUGUGGCUGCAACACACCACACAGUACAGAGAAACAUCCCUCAUUUGAAAUCAGUGGAAACCAUCUUGCACAUUUCUUAAGGUCCAGGGUUGCUGGAGUGAAAGAAGUAAUUUCUUUCCCAUCUGCUGGGUUUUGUUUCUUUUAAUGGACCUUCAGUGGAUUGGGAUGACAUGUGAGCUGGUUUUUCCCAUCCAGGCUAACUAAAACAGGCAAUUGAGGGUGGUUUGUGUGUCUGUUUCAGAGCUUGAAAAAGUUACUUUUUGAACUAUAGCACCCAGAAUCCUCCACUCUAACAGAUCCACUAGAUACAUGGGCUGGCUGAUCCUAGGAGUAGUCAUCCACAGCAGUGUAAUUUUUCAAAAUUCUGCUCUUAACAGAGACGCCCUGGUUUUCCCAUGUUCUUUUCAACGGUUGCUUAGAGACGGUUUUGCUUUGCCGGAAAAGUAUCAAAGCCAGUGCUGAUUACUGACCCUGUUGUUCCUUUGUAUUCUGCUCUUUUCUGAUUCCUCUCAGUACUUCAGCUACCUGCUUCUCAGGGCUGAUAUAGUGCUGCUUAAAUUUCCAAUAUUGCAGGACAUUUUCUUUAAAAACACACACACACAACCCUUGCUCUUAAUAUUUUUCACAAUGCAAUUUUUUUUUGGUUUUGCUUCCAACUUAUCUCUUGUUUUCCAUGUUUCUCUGCUUUUGUGGGUUUCUUUAAAUUGCACUUCUUUGAUUCCAUUCCACAGAAAACGAUUCUGUAUACAGAACAUGGCUCUAUAGCCCGAAAAAACCCACAAGAACCAUGAAAGCCUUCGACAAUAGAUUCUGUAUACAGAUGACACCUGUGUUUUCCUAAGUACCCUUGCUAACAUCUGAAAUAUUCUUUUUUAAAAUGAAUGUCACUGUUGGAGCGCAAAGUUUUUCUUUUAAUGUGGAAUUCUCUUCUCAUUUUCAUGGGCCCAAAUCAAAUGAUUAGCCCAAAUAGACUUGUUGAAUUAAUUCAGUUUACACAAAUAUCAACUAAUGAUUCAAUUGAUUCAAUGGCUCUAAUACAGUUGGGACUAACAAUUGGAUUUAGUUCCAAGUUUGUAAUCAAGGCCUAUGAGGUUUAAUUCAUUCCUUACAUGCCCUGAAAAUCAGGUGUCACCUGGCUGUAGGGACUGCAGACGCCAACAUACAAAACAAAUGGAGACAUUGUUAGAAUCGCUUUAUAACUGUACCUGUAUUUUGUAAUUUAUUUUGCUUUACUUCACGCUGCUUUUUCACCAUCAUAAGUCCUUGCUCACCUUCCCAUCUAAUCAGUGUUUAAAAUGUGUUUUGUAAUGUCUGUCUCUCACCUGAAUGAUCAAAUGACACUUUGAAAGGGGAUCGCCUUAAGGACUCACUGCCACCAAAAUUAACAGUGUACUAUUUGCACUCACUAUAGAAUCAUUGAUUGUCUAUCGGACCAGAAGCAUCUACAAUGGCAUUGGUAUUUCUGAAAUGGAAAGCAAACAACUCUUUGGUGUUUUAAGAAGCACAAUCUUAGUUGAUGCACUUUAAAAGCAAACGCAAGCAGCUGAUACUUCAAUAUAAGCAAACCCUUUCGUGAAAUCCGUUUGGAAUAAUAGGCUUGUCGAAAUGAAAUGGGACACAAAAUGUAACCUGUAAUGCAGUGUGUGAGAUAGACCGUUUGAAGCUUUAUUUUUUAUUGUAGUUGAAUACUCAGCCAGGUUUUUAAAAAGGAAUCUCUAGAGAAGCGCUCUUCUCAAGAAACAUUUUACGUGCCUAAAUAUAUAUCCCAGUUAGCAACGUUUCCACUGAGUUAGCUGCUGCUUGCCUUAGCCAGCAAGUCCCCAGCUGAGAUGUGGGUCAGCAGAUGUGGAAGAAGAACAUAAAAGAAAAGCUUUUGAAGUCCCAGUUUUAGUAAAACACAGUGAGAUUAUUUCCCAGGCCUCCACACAAUCUAGCCAUUGAAAUCCUUAAUGCUAACAAUGUAAUUGUUUCAAUUUUAGACUGUCUCUAAGCUCCAGAUACAAGCUGUUCAGAUUACAUUUAAUUAAAUGUGGAUAAUUAUUUGACUGGCAGUCCUCUUGCCUUUGCAGAUCCAGAAUUCACUGGAUCCUAGUGAGGAAAUUGGGAAUUAUUUCCAUUUGCCUUGUGCAUCCCUUUGAAAAUUGGGACUUUCAAAACUUGCUCAAUUCCAAUGGCUUAUUGUCCAAACCUGUCAAUUUGUUUGGUUUAGUUUUUAAUGCCGAUUGAACCAUUUCAGAUAUAUCUGAAGUAGUGAAGUUCUUCAGGGUGAUCCUAGCUAUUGUUUGUAUAGAUGAGGGCUAUCAGAAAUUGGAUCCGGGGCCCUUCAUAGGUCCUGAAGUUUUCAUAUGGCCUGUACCAAUCUUACCAAAUUUCCCAUCACACCACCAUUUCUAACAAUGCCAUUGGCAGAGCAAGCUGAUUGAACCAGUGGCCAUUCUGGUUUGCCCUGGUUUGGCCAUCAGCUGUACCUCUUAAAUUUGCCCCUUUUAAAGUAGUGCAGCAAAUGACAACUUGGUGUCCUUUGGAUGUUAUGGGACUACAAUCCUCAAACCAUACUAACUGGUUUAUGAAAGAUCUGAUCCAAAACAUCUGGAGGGCACCAGCUAACUUCCUCUGAGACAGGAAUUUCAUCAGUUGGAAUCUGCAGCAAGGGUUGUGUGGAUGUGUGUGUGUGUUAAUAGCUUUCCGGUUGGUCCUCCUCAUACACUCCAGUGUGGUUUUUUUGGUGCUUACAGUUCAAAGAGCAGCACAUUGGCAGAUAGGUGUGUUUGCAAGUGGAAAUGGUGGGUCCAGCCCUUGACUUUGCUCUUUGACACAACACUUUCUCGCAACAGAGUGACUUCCCCUCUGCCUAUGAUAGUGAAUAAUUUGAAAAGGGAGGGUUAUAUGACUGGUGCAUAUUGAAUUGAGAUGGCUGUUGUCCCUCCAUAUGCAGGUGGAGAAUCUAGCUCUCUCACCAAUUUGAUGAGAAUCCUUGGAAGCUUAGACUCUUAGCAUUACAAAUUUCCAGUACCUGUAUCAUUCAUAUGCCUAUUAUACUCUAUUAUAUUACAUGCAGAGUCCCACCUUUUAAUUCUGACUAAAUCUGGAAUAACUUCAUGCCCCGAUGUGUGUUAUUAGUCAUUAUUGUGUUCUUGUUCUAACUGGAAUCAGUCACUGAAAAUAAUGAGAUCUAAAUUUCUGUCUCUUUAACCACAUUUCUGUUCUCAUGGUCUGCAUUGAGAAUUGUGAAUUAAGAAGCAAGCCUUGUAACUCAUUCACUUAAAUAGGGAUUCAUUGAAUUAAUCUGUGCCAGCAUUAGGAAGUUCAACAAAAUUCCAGAAGUUCUAGUGACCAAAUAAUAGACACUUAAUGCACCCCAAAAAAGACAUGUUCUUCCUUUCUCCAGACCUAAAAAUAGCACCUCUAAAGAUCGUUUUCACAUCCCAUUAUUGACAUCUUAACAGAUUUUCUCAUUAAGACCUGCCACAGGUGAAUGAAACAUUUCUGAUGUUUACAGGGACAAGUUGUCUAUUCUGAAUUUACUUCUCAGUCUAAUGUGACAAAACCGUGGUUCGUGAAUGCUGCUUCUUCAAUGUUCAGAUAUGGCAUAAAGUAGCGUUCAUUUUGGAUCCUUCUUCAGGACAUGGUUAAACAGAAAUCUGGCUUUGUGAGCAGGAGAAAAGAAUGUUAUUCUGGUGCCAUUCUGCUGUUGAAGGAUUGUAUGAAUUCCACAAUCAUCAUUCAGAAAUUUUGGGUCCCAGACAAGAGCUGUGUAUAGUCCAAUGUGUGAGAUUUUUUUUAAAAGCCAGAGUUCUACCUCGUGUGUAUGUGCGUGUAACAAUUUUUUAUUUUCUUUAUAUUAAUUUAUCAUUAAAACCAAAUUUUAAAUACAACGGUAAAUAAAACAACCUAAUAAAAUAUAUUGAAAACUCA